UUGGUAGGUGUCAUGUGCUAUCUAUAAACACUCUUUAUAACUUUUUCCCAGUGUAUUGUACAGUGGGAAGAGCUUACGGUCGUGGAAAGUGCCCUGUUCCAGUCUGUCAAGCAAUUGGUAGCAAAUUCCAAAGCCAAUGGAUUCUAGCACGCUGAUCCUAGCUCUCUGUUUUGCCUGUUUGAUAUUCUUCCUGUUGCGAAACAGAAAUAAAAAGUAUGAGAAUCUGCCUCCAGGGCCUUCUCCUCUUCCUUUAUUGGGAAAUGUACUGCAGCUGAACAUGAAAGAUCUGCCUAAAUCGUUCAUAAAGCUUGCAAAGAUCCAUGGAGAUGUGUUUACUGUCCACUUGGGAAGAAAUGCAGUAGUGGUCCUUCAUGGAUAUGAUGCUGUGAAAGAGGCUCUAGUAGACAACUCAGAUAUUUUCGGUGACAGAGCAAAACUUCCUGCAGGACAACUUGUAUUUAAAGACUAUGGGGUGAUGCUUAGUAAUGGGGAGCGCUGGAGACAGCUGCGACGUUUCUCCCUUACUACACUAAGGAACUUCGGGAUGGGGAAGAGAAGUGUUGAAGAGCGGAUCCAGGAGGAGUCUCGUUGCCUUGUAGAGGAGUUAAGAAAAAAAGCAGGUUCACCCUUCGACCCUACAUACCUGGUAACCUUGGCAGUAUCAAAUGUGAUCUGUUCCAUUAUCUUUGGUCAACGUUUUGAUUAUGAGGACAAGAACUUUCUUGGUCUUUUUGCAAUGUUGAAAAAAGCAUUCAGAAUAAGAAACUCAUUUGUUGGUCAGCUGCUGAAUUCUUUUCCAAAAAUUAUGCAUCAGUUGCCAGGGCCACAUCAUCAAGUAAUUCAGAAUUUCUUCACUCUGAAUGAAUUUGUGAUGGAUAAAGUUAAAGAGCAUCAGAAGACACUGGAUCAAAACUGUCCCAGGGAUUACAUAGAUUGCUUCCUCAUAAAAAUGGAGCAGGAGAAGGAUAACCCUACCACUGAGUUUGUCUUUCAAAACCUAUCUGUCACCGUGAUAAAUAUUUUCUUAGCUGGGACAGAAACAACAAGUACGACAAUAAGACUCGGCUUACGGAUUUUGCUAAAGUACCCAGACGUUUUAGCUAAAGUGCAGGAAGAAAUUGACUAUGUGAUUGGUCAGAACCGCUGUCCCUCUGUGGAGGAUCGAAGCAAGAUGCCAUAUACAGAUGCCGUGAUCCAUGAAAUACAAAGAAUUACAGAUGUCUUGCCCAUGAGUGUACCACAUGCAACUGCACAGACUAUCGUGUUCCGAGGUUACACCAUCCCCAAGGGCACCACUAUUUUUCCACUUCUGACGUCUGUCCUGAAGGAUCCAAAAUACUUUCAGAACCCUCACAAAUUCAACCCAAAUAAUUUUCUAGAUGAGAAGGGUGGAUUUCGGAAGAAGGAGGCUUUCAUACCAUUUUCUACAGGGAAGAGAAUGUGCCUUGGAGAAGGAAUGGCAAGAAUGGAGCUCUUCCUAUUUAUUACCACUAUCCUGCAAAACUUUCACCUACAAUCUGAUGAGGAUCCCUCAGAUAUUGACAUCUCUCCUCUGCCAGACAGUAACAGCACUGUUCAUCGGCCUUAUGAUAUAUGUUUGGUCCCCAGAUAAACUCAUCUUCUGUUUGAUUGGUGACGUCCAAGACAAAUCCAUGCAGAUCAACCUUCUUACUGCAACCUAAACAUUCAGAGGCCGAGCAUAUUUAGUAAAGUGCACUGGGUGAAUAUUCUGCUGCCAGUUACAUGUGGACAGUGGAAGGAAUGAACCUCUGUUUUUUUUUUUUGGUCUAAUUUUUAGCAGCCUUGAUUUAUUAAUGUCUUUAGCUUGAUAAUUAAAGUAUAUCAUAUAAAAACAGAGGAGAAAAAUAGUGGGACUUUAAAUGAGGGAUGCCACUGCAGACAGAUAUUGCAUAGAGUAUGAAUAAAACAAUAUUAAAACACUCCAAAUUUAAAAAGUCCAAAAUAAUUUUGUAGCAGCGCUUCAAUCAAAUGACAGUUUGACCAACUUUCACUUGACGCCCUCAGACGAAGUCAGAAAGUGACGAAACGCUCCAGUGUGUGACUCCUGUGAACCAACCAGAAGUGACGUGUGUGCUCCAAGGGCCAGGGAAGAACCAGGAAGCAACAGAAUGGCUGGUAACACAGGCGGCUCUACUUCCUAGUCACGUGACCACACUUAAAUUUUUAUCAUAUUUUGCUUGUGAUUAUUUGCUUUUUGGUACGUUUUAUUUGUAAGGGGCCUUGUGGGUUAUUAAACUUUUAAAGCAGCA